UAUUAUUACUAAUUCACGGUUGUAAACCUUCGUACGUAAUCGUUAACCCAACUGUUUUCGUAUUUUUGUCGAACCUGAACCCAAAGUCAGGGUGUUACAAGUGGAUUAGUUUGGAGGAGAAAGCUCACUCUACAAUCUUGCUUUGUUUGGCUGAUGACAUAAUCACUGAGGUUGCUGCUGAGAAGACUGCUGCGGGUUUGUGGUUGAAGCUUGAAAGUCUAUACAUGACAAAGUCUUUAACCAACAAGUUGCAUAUGAAGCAACGUUUGUUCAGUUUGCGUAUGGAGGAAGGUACGUCUCUUAGGAAUCAUCUAGAUCAACUCAAUACUAUCUUGCUAGAUCUGCGGAAUAUUGAUGUUAAAAUAGAUGAUGAGGAUGUUGUCUUAAUUCUGUUAGUAUCUUUGCCACAGUCAUAUGAGAAUUUUGUGGAUUCUUUUAUUGCUGGGAAAGAUAGUUUGUCUUUGGAAGAUGUCAGAUCAGCCUACAUACUAGAGAGGUUCGACAUAAGGCAUCUGGUUCAGGUUCGGAAAAUCAGGCAUCUGGGUUGGCUGCUACGAGUAGUAGAAGACAACAAUCUAGCAAUAGGAAGGCGAAUAGAAAUUAGAAUUCUGCUGGUUUGAAGGAUGAUAUUGGAAAUUUGAUUGUCCUAAACUGAAGAAAUAUCGGGAGAAGAAGGAAUCAUCUGCUACUAUGGCAGAAGAAACUAACUCUGAUUCUGAAGAUGGUUUAGCCUUAGCAGUGAAUGAACAGGUACAUCAUCAGGAUAUGUGGUAUUUAGAUACUGCAGCUGAUUAUCAUAUGUGUCCAAGCAGGGAGUGUUUUUCAACUUAUGAGCAGAUAGAUGGAGGACAUGUUUCUAUGGCCAAUGGUGCUAUCUGUAAGAUUGUUGGAAGAGGUUCCGUCAGGAUGAGGACACAUGAUAGUUCUGUUCGCACCUUGAACAAUGUUAGGCAUAUUCCAGAGAUGACUAAGAAUCUGAUAUCUUUGAGUCUACUUGACAGCAAGGGUUUCAGUUUCAAAGGUGAAGGUGGAGUGUUGUCUGUCUACAAGGGUUCUAAGGUGAUUUUGAAAGGUGUCAAACGGGGUGCCUUGUAUGGUCUACAAGGUUCUGUUUUGACAUGUUCUGUUGGUGAUAAGUGCACCAAGCUGGUUUUGAAUGGCAAGUCUCAGCAUGGGUUGGACUUGCCGAAUGGUUUGAGUUGUUGAUCGCCCUUAGGGGCAUUUGAAGGCAGGGGAGAUUCUGGUACAGGUGAUUUGGAGAAGUUUGGUACGUGUGACAAUUUUAAUUGCAUCUGAGUUUGGCGAUUUGCAUCGCGUUUGGUCUGGCGAUAUGAAUCGCAUUUGGAUAUGUCUGGCAAUCUUGAUUGCGUUUGAGUUUGGCGGUUUCGAUCGCAUUUGGAUACGUCUGGCGAUAUGUAUCGCGUCUGGGUACAUUUGGAAACUUUGGUUGCGUCUUGUACAUCUAGUAUUUGACAGAGAAUUCAAGUCAAGGUGGAGAUUGUUAGAAUAUGACUUGAAUUUGAUUUGGCUUUGUUUUGUGUUUGGGCCUAUUUUGUUUGGCUUUGUGUUUGGGCUUUGUUUGACCUUUUCCUUGUAUGUUUGGGAAAAGGUGUUUGGUUUUCUGUUUGGGAUUAGGAGAAGAGUUCUAUAAAUACUCUUCAUCACCCUAGUCUGUAGUAAGGUCAAUCAGGUUAGUUUGUUUGGUUUGUCCGUUUGGAAUUUGGUUUGUAAUCUGUACUCUCCUCAAAUUAGUGAAAUUUGUUCUCCCUUCCCCGUGGUAUAGCUAGCACACAUUGUGUUAGUGAACCACGUUAAAUUUGUGUUCGUUUGUGUUGGUUUGGAUUGUCGUUUGCACGCUUCUGUUCUGACAUUCUCCACAAGUGAGUUAGUAAGAGCUUAUUUGGGGUAAGAUUCUAAUUCCCAAAUAUAGUAUUCUGUCAGGGAUGAUUGUUUAGAACAUAAUCUAUACAACUGAUAAACUCCUACUGUGUGAGAAUUCAGUACCUGCUUUCUGUGUGUUGUGCCUAUAUGUGGGCAGCGAGUCGUGUCGCCCACUGGCUAGCACGACACGGUUAGAGCACGACACGAGCACGGGCACGAAAUAAAUGGGUCAGCCCUGCACGAGCACGAAUAAUUUAUGGGCCAUGCCGGACCUAAACUUCAUGGGCACUGGCACGAGCACGGGCAAGACACGAUAUAUAAGUGGGCCGCAUCGGGCCUAAUAUUUUCGAGACUUUAUUGAGUAUAAGAACAGACAUGACAUGAAAAUAAUAUUUACUUGAUAGAAAAUAAAUCUAAAAAGAAUUAUAGGUUUAAAUAUUACAAAACACAAGUAGAAAAAUAAUUAUUUGUUGUUGUUAGAAGUAUCAUAAAGAUAUAUACGUAAUUACUAACAUAAGUCAAAAUGGACAAAGAAUUAAACAAAGCCAAAUCACAGUCGCUAUACUUCCAAUUUUCUUUUCCCCCUUAUUUGUUACUUUUCUCAAACAUUAUCGGUUAAUACUAUAUCCCCCUGUCCAAUUUUCACCUUCUUUUUCAUUCUCUCAUUUGUUUUCGUCCUUUUCAUUAAACACGAAUACGAGCAUGGCACGAGCACGAAUAUCCACGACACGCUUCGAACCGUGCCCGGGUCUGGGUAGGUCCUAGCAAAGUUAACAAAUGGGCUUGCUGGUACGACACAAAAACUGACGGGCCCUGCCAAGCACAGCACGAAAUAAAUGGGCCUGAAGCAUGCCCGUGCUGGCUCAAGCCCGGCCCAACGCCCAUGUACUCAGUUGUGCCCUAGUAGCUUGGAGAGCAUGGAUCACUUGUUUGGUGUAUGCUCCUCUUUUAGCUAUUUUGCAGGCUAAUUUUUUUGCUGUUUUACUCCCUACUCUUAGUAACUCGGAUGAUAUUUUGACCAACCAAAGUCGCAAUUUCAAACAUUCCAGUUCCCACCUAUUGCAAACAACCCUCCACCAAGAAUCCCCUCUCUAACUCCCCUUUGCAGUUGACAGAGCGAACCUCAUAGCCUAGUUAUGAUCUUUUUUUCUUUGAUGUUUGUGAAUUAUAAUGAUCUUGUAGUGCUUGUGUUUGAUGUCUUACUAGUUGGUACUCUCUAAUUGGAUGAACAAGUUCAAUUAUUUCUUCUUUAUGCAUCAAAAUGUGGAUUUAAAUUAUGAAUUCAUGAUAAAUGUUGUAUUAAUAU